UCUACUAUCUCAUAUUUUCCAGCACAUUUUUCUUCCCUUCCACUAACAACAUAUGCUAUCCAUUCUACUCAACAUCAGCAAGACAAUAUGAAGAACUUUAACGUUUUAAUUGUCUUAACUCUUCUCCUGGCCCUUUUCAUCACUCUUUCUUAUGCACAACCCAAAAACAACGACAAGAAAGCCGCUAAGAAAGGCCAGGAUUUAGAAACAGUCGACUCCUAUCAAGGGUCGAGUCGUUUUCUGAAUUCAAAGAAACACCAUUACUAUAUGAAUCCAUAUAAAUCACGCGGUGGUUACAACGCGCGUGCCCAUUUGACAUGCGAUAGAUUUCCUAGAGUUUGUCGCGUCAAAGGAAGCCCAGGUCCCGAUUGCUGCUGGAAGAAGUGUGUUAAUGUAAAAUCUGAUAAACUUAAUUGUGGAAUGUGUGGGCGAAGGUGUAGAUACCCUGAGACUUGUUGCAAUGGGAGGUGUGUUCAUACUUGGUAUGACAGGAAGAAUUGUGGAGGUUGCCAUAACAGGUGUAAGAGAGGGAGCUUUUGCUACCGAGGCAUGUGCAGCUAUGCUUAGAUACAUACAAGCCAAUGCAUGAAUAUUGGGGUUAAACUAUUAUACAACAUAUUAACUACCAUUUCAUUAAAGAUGCAUAGUAUACAAGCAAAUUAUUAAUGUUCAUAAUUUUCUAUGGUGAUAACUAAUUAAUUAAUGUGUGAAAUUGCUUCGGACAAAUGAAGGAGGUAGAUAUCCUAGCUAGCUAGGAUGGUGGAAGUUUUAGCAAAUUAAGAUUGUGCUUAUUCUUUUCAUUUGUAUUUAUAAAUAUAUAUAAUCAUUUGUAACAAGAAGUAAUACAAUUAAGAUUGCGCUUAUUCUUUUCAUUUGUAUUUAAUAUAUAAUUAGUUACU